AUACAUUUUUUUUCUAUAAUAAAUAAUCAUCCUCUUUUCCAACUGCUGCGUCCUUUUCUCUGAUUACGGGUUCGCCGAUCGCCCAAUAUUGACAUAAAAUCAACCAAAGCGAAAAAACUCCGACCCGAAUAAAACAGAAAAAAUACCAAAGCCGAUGGCCAGUCGAUCCAUUCCCGUCCUAAAGAAACUCCUCUCCUCGUCGCAUACUCCAUCGCCAUGCUCCAGAUUCACUUCUCGCCGAUCCGUCACCUACAUGCCCCGUCCUGGGGACGGCGCACCUCGGGCUGUAACCCUAAUCCCCGGUGAUGGAAUCGGUCCUCUGGUGACAGGCGCCGUGGAACAAGUGAUGGAGGCGAUGCACGCGCCGGUUUACUUCGAAAAGUUUGAGGUGCACGGGGAUAUGAAGAAGGUUCCGGCGGAAGUGAUCGAAUCAAUUAGGAAGAAUAAGGUGUGCUUGAAGGGAGGACUGGCCACUCCCAUGGGAGGAGGUGUUAGUUCUUUGAACGUGCAGCUGAGGAAGGAGCUUGAUUUGUACGCUUCGCUUGUUAAUUGCUUCAAUUUGCCCGGAUUGCCCACGCGUCACCAGAAUGUGGAUAUUGUUGUAAUUAGAGAGAAUACUGAGGGAGAGUACGCUGGCCUCGAGCAUGAGGUCGUUCCUGGAGUCGUUGAAAGCCUCAAGUUCUGCUCCGAGCGCGUUGCAAAAUACGCUUUUGAGUAUGCAUACCUGAACAACAGGAAGAAGGUGACUGCUGUGCACAAAGCAAACAUCAUGAAGCUUGCAGAUGGAUUGUUCUUGGAGUCUUGUCGGGAGGUCGCUACAAAAUAUCCUGGAAUCAAAUACAAUGAAAUUAUUGUGGACAAUUGCUGCAUGCAACUUGUUUCGAAGCCAGAGCAAUUUGAUGUCAUGGUGUCGCCUAAUCUUUAUGGCAAUCUUGUUGCAAAUACUGCUGCAGGUAUUGCUGGUGGGACAGGAGUCAUGCCAGGAGGCAAUGUGGGAGCUGAUCACGCUAUUUUUGAGCAAGGUGCCUCUGCAGGAAAUGUAGGCAAUGAGAAAAUAUUGGAGCAGAAGAAAGCAAAUCCAGUCGCACUGCUUCUCUCGUCUGCUAUGAUGCUCAGACAUCUCCAGUUCCCUUCAUUUGCUGAUCGAUUAGAAACUGCUGUGAAACGGGUAAUUUCAGAAGGCCAGUACAUGACAAAAGAUCUAGGUGGACGCAGCAGCACCCAAGAGGUUGUUGAUGCAGUCAUAGCUGCUCUAGACUGAUUUGUUGGUUACUCAUUGAUCUCACUAUAGACGUGCCUAUCCAACAGGGAAGUUUCAUCUUCUCACAUUCUUUAUUUGAUAGUUCAAUUUCCAACAUUUCUUUGCAGCUGUUCAUCACCCUUGAAAAUGAUCCUUUCAUUUUUAUUUAAAUAAUAUCUCAAUUGGAGAUGAUAAGAUGGCAAUUGUUAAUCGAGUCAAAGACUGGUAUGAGGAAGAGAUGAUAUAAUGCGUUUGCUGCAAUUAUGAAGUUCACUGAACAAAAGAUUUUAGUGAAAUCAUGACCCUGUUUGAGGGAAAUAGGUUUCACUUAAUAUUUUACAAUUUCGGCUGGGUGAACGGUUUUGAAACCGGAGGCCAAGAAUGUUUAUGAAAUCAUAAUUUCCCCCCUUUCUUCUUUGAUUUUUGCCUUAUAUUAUAGCGUCGGUGUAGGAAAAUUUUUUGUUAGUCUUAUAUGGACAGAUUGAAAAACUGUUCGCAAAUCUGAUGUAAUAAUAGUGGAUUGAAGAUAAAAUCGACCUGGAUUGCGUGCAAAGAGCAUGUUCUUCUGUUAUGUAUUUUAUGUUUCAUUUCAAUUGUAGCGUUAGGUUGUAGUGGCUACUUUUGGGAAUAAUGAAAUGAUUUUUGGUAUCA